AUGUACCGACUAUUUGGCCCAAGUCCAACCAUAUGGGUUGAGGUGAAGAAAGAAAAUGUUGUAGACUUUCUCCAUGUCCACAUCAUCUAUCGAUUUGGUAUCCAGCGAUAUAUCUUAACAGAUAACGGGAAACCCUUUGACAACAAUUUGAUGGACAAGAUUUGCAAGCUUUUUGACUUUAAGCAGCGAAACUCAUCAGCUUACUAUGCAGCUGCAAAUGGUCUUGCCGAAGUAUUUAAUAAGACCCUAUGCAAUUUGUUGAAGAAAGUGAUCUCAAAAUCGAAAAGAGACUGGCAUGACAGAAUGGAAGAAGCAUUGUGGGCGUAUAGAACCACUCACCGCACACCCACUCAAAACAGUCCAUACUCUUUGGUGUAUGGUGUAGAAGCGGUCUUGCCUCUAGAGCGCCAAAUACCUUCUUUAAGGUUGGUUGUACAAGAGGGGCUUACUGAUGAAGAAAAUGCUAAGUUACGCUUGGCUGAGUUAGAAGUCUUGGAUGAAAACGUCUACAAGCGCAACAAAGCUUGGAGUGCUAUCAAGCUCGCAUUUCUGGAAGUUUACACCAGUGGGGCGCAUAAGCUGAUUAGUGAAGAUGGCGUGAAGAUCGGUCCAAUUAAUGGAAGGUUCCUAAAGCUUUACUACCCUUAA